AUGUCAAUCAACUAGGUUGUGAAACAUUGAGGUGAAAACGAUUUCACCUCCAUCUCUACUUCUUUCAUACUUACAUCUCCGGACACGAGUGUUAAAAUUUAACCAUAUGGUUCCUAUCUAAGUUUGGUAACACAUCCGCCUACCAAUCAAUCAUGUGGACAUUUAUCGUAUGCUUUUUGAUCUGCGCGCUACAGGUGUCCGCAGCCACUACCACUCAGGAGUCAGAUCCWAAAUUCUGGAUAGAAAAUGGAAAACGUAUGUUAGAGGAAAAGUCAAAACAACCAUUGCGAACGAAUAAAGCGAAAAAUGUGAUAAUGUUUCUGGGAGAUGGUAUGUCAUUGACCACAUUAACGGCCGCUCGAAUAUACAAAGGUCAGUUGCAGAACACGUCUGGUGAAAGCGAACACCUGAGCUUUGAACGGUUUCCGUUCACUGGAAUAUCAAAGACAUAUUGCGUUAAUAGUCAAGUGGCUGAUUCAGCAUGUUCAGCCACGGCAUAUCUGUGUGGUGUAAAGGCAAACAAAGGCACGAUUGGCGUAACGUCUAAAGUACCCCUUGGAGAUUGUCCGUUAUCUGUUCCGGAUGAGCACCACGUGACUUCCAUAAUGCAAUGGGCACAAUGGGCUGGGAAAGCAACCGGCUUCGUGACCAACACCCGGGUUACUGACGCAUCACCAGCUGGUUGUUACGCACACAUCGCUCACCGAGACUGGGAAUCUGACGUAGAUAUGAURAAGAGUUCCAAUGGAACAACGAACAUUGCACAGUGUGAAGACAUAGCUAAACAACUGAUAACAAAAGAUCCCGGUAGAAAUUUUAAGGUUAUCAUGGGCGGUGGUCGCGAUAAGUUCUUAAAGCAAGAAGCUAAUUCCACGGGAUUAAGAUCGGACGAAGACUUAGUUAUCAGUUGGAAAAAUGACAAGCGAACGAGAUUCAGUGAUAAAAUUUCAAAGUACUUGACAACUAGAGAUGAACUAGUGAAGACAGAUAUGUCUCAAACUGAUUUUGUGUUAGGUCUUUUUCACCGAAGUCACAUGGAUUAUAGGUUAAAAUCCAAUUUCGAGACGCAGCCGACGUUACAGGAAAUGACCAGGAAUGCUAUUCAGCUGCUUCAGAAGGAACCAAACGGUUACGUUCUUUUCAUAGAAGGUGGCCUCAUCGAUAAGGCACAUCAUAAGACGUGGGCGAGAAUCUCGCUCGACGAAACGUUAGAGUUUUCUAAAGCUGUGGAGAACGCUGUGGCGAUGACGAGUGAAGAUGACACAUUAAUCGUGGUGACUUCAGACCACGCGCACACCAUGUCGAUGGCUGGUUAUCCUAAACGAAACGAGAAUAUACUCGGCUUAACGCAAUCACUAGCCUCAGACAAUAUGACUUACACAACACUAAGCUAUGCCAUUGGUCCGAAAAAAUCAUUCACAAAUGAUAGCACGUGUCACAGAGUCAACGUGACCGAAGAAGAUUUAUUAAAAAUCGAUUAUCAAUAUCCAAGUCUGGUUGAUCGAUCUAGUGCGACACAUUCAGGCGAAGAUGUAAUGGUAUUUGCGAGGGGUCCUAUGUCUCAUUUAUUCGCCGGAAACUACGAGCAAAAUCAAAUUGCUCUAGGAUUAGCAAUGGCAGCUGGUAUUUCUACAAAUCCACCAACCAAUGGCUCCAAUAUCGGUAACGUUGUUCGACUGCAAUUUGCUGGACAAGCCAUUCUUACUAUAAUCGCGUUGAUGAGUUUCAUGAGAAGUAUACAGUACAGUUUAUAAAUUUCAAAAAGGAUAUUACAAUAUAUAUAACGUUAUUUU